AUGGCCACACCCUUCCUGGUCGCCUACCCCUCCAACCCCACCUCCGGCCUCUCUCUAAAGCAGAUUGCCUACUUUGGCCGAGUGCUGGUCAAGGUGUCAACUCUUGCGGAGGUGGAGCAGUUCUUGCGCCAGAAUUUCAGACAGCUCGAUGUCUACGUCGAUGCGACAGCCAUCUCCUCCACCGGAGAUCUCGUGGAUAUCCUCAAUGCCGGGGCCGCCAAGAUUCUCAUCACUCUGGACCAAUUGACCGUCCUUUCCCAGGAGCAGUCCGUCCCCUCUUCAAGGCUACUGGUCUCCGCCGCCACAGAAUCCCAGAUCGAUUCCUUGCAGCAAUGGAUUGCUUCAGACGCCACCGAACGGAACGAUGUCAGCGUGGCCACACCCGCGGUUUCCACUGCGGCGAGCAAGUUGAACAUCAGUACAGACUCAUCUCGCCUGUUCACAGUGUUGGAUAACCAGGCUGUUUCUGAGGAUGCCAUCGGCGAGGUCGCACAAAAGGGAGCCAUUGCCAUCCUGUCUUCGGAGACAUUGACUGUGGAGCGUGAUGCGGCAGGUCAGAUCUCUGCGGCCAAGUUGAUUGCCGCGCGCGCAGUGACCGACCAGUCAAACGGUCUCUAUGCUACAUCCGUGACAGACGAGCGAGGCUCAUGUCUCGGAGUGGUCUGGAGCAGUGACGAGAGUAUUGCAGAGGCGCUCCGCACCGGAACCGGGGUAUACCAGAGUCGGAAGCGUGGUCUGUGGUACAAGGGUCAAUCCAGUGGCGACACUCAGGAGUUGAUUCGCAUUGGCUAUGACUGUGACGCAGACUGCCUGGUCUUUGUGGUGAAGCAGACUGGACGAGGUUUCUGCCACCUUGGCACCGACUCGUGUUUUGGCACCUCCACCGGCCUGUCGCGUCUUCAAAAGACCCUUCUCGCCCGCAAGGCCGAUGCUCCGGCUGGAUCGUACACUGCUCGCCUGUUCAAUGAACCCAAGCUCGUCGAAGCUAAAAUCAUGGAGGAGGCUGAGGAGCUGUGUCGAGCCACGACCAAGGAGGAGAUCGCUUUUGAGGCUGCCGAUCUCUUCUACUUUGCCCUGACCAAGUGUACGGCCGCUGGCGUCUCUUUGGAGGACAUCGAGCGCAACCUGGACCUCAAGAGCCUCAAGGUGAAGCGGCGCAAGGGCGACGCCAAGGGUCCUUGGGCCGAGAAGGCUGGCCUGGCGCCGGCCUCGACCACGGAAGCCGCCUCAGCGCCUGCUCCCGCCCCUGCUCCCGUCGUUGAGCAAGAAACGCGCAUGGAGAUGAAGCGUGUCUAUACUUCCGAAACCCCCAUCACCGAGGUCAAGGAAUUCUUGAAGCGUCCUGCGCAAAAGUCCAACGAUGCCAUUGUGGCGUUGGUAAAGCCCAUCAUCCAGGAUGUGCGCGAUGGCGGCGACGCUGCUGUCCUCAAGUACACCCACAAGUUUGAGAGGGCGACCUCGCUCACCUCGCCUGUGAUCAAGGCUCCUUUCCCCGCCGAGCUGAUGAAGCUAACACCCGAUGUGCAAGAGGCCAUCGACGUGAGCAUCGGCAACAUCCAGCGAUUCCACACCGCGCAGAAGAGCAGCAAUGAUACCCUGAGGAUGGAGACCAUGCCCGGCGUCGUUUGCUCUCGCUUCUCGCGGCCGAUUGAGCGCGUCGGAUUGUAUGUCCCCGGCGGCACGGCCGUGCUGCCUUCCACCGCUAUGAUGCUGGGUGUUCCAGCCAUGGUUGCCGGCUGCCAGAAGAUCGUGCUUGCCUCCCCUCCCCGGGCGGACGGUAGCAUUUCACCCGAGAUCGUCUACGUCGCUCACAAGGUCGGUGCGGAGAGCAUUGUUUUGGCCGGUGGUGCCCAGGCCGUGGCUGCGAUGGCUUACGGCACCGAGUCCGUCACCAAGGUCGACAAGAUCCUUGGCCCUGGCAACCAGUUUGUGACUGCGGCGAAGAUGUUUGUCUCCAACGACACCUCUGCCGGUGUGAGCAUUGACAUGCCUGCCGGCCCUAGUGAGGUUCUUGUCAUUGCCGAUAAGACCGCCAAUCCCGCCUUUGUUGCCUCCGACCUCUUGAGCCAGGCUGAGCACGGUGUUGACUCUCAGGUCAUCCUGAUCGCCGUCGAUCUCAAUGAGGAACAGCUGCGGGCAAUUGAGGAUGAGGUUGACACGCAGGCUAAGGCGCUUCCCCGAGUGGACAUUGUCCGCGGGUCUCUGGCCCACUCGGUCACCUUCGUGGUCCGUGAUAUCAACGAAGCCAUGAUUCUCAGCAAUGAGUAUGCCCCUGAGCACUUGAUCCUCCAAGUCGAUCAGCCAGAGGCCGUCGUCGAGCAAGUCUUCAAUGCUGGCAGCGUGUUCAUCGGUCCCUGGACCCCCGAGAGCGUCGGUGACUACUCUGCCGGUGUGAACCACUCUCUCCCCACCUACGGCUACGCCAAGCAAUACUCCGGUGUCAACCUUGGCUCGUAUCUCAAGCACAUCACAAGCUCUAACCUCACUGCGGAUGGUCUGCUGAAGCUCGCCAAGACGGUCGAGACCCUGGCCGCCGUUGAAGGCCUAGACGCCCACAAGCGGGCUGUCAGCAUCCGCGUUGCGCAGAUGAACAAGGACCGCUUGUAA